CCGGAAGAGAGAAGAAGAAACGCUGCUGGAUUUCGUGACGUUACGAGAACCAUUUCCGAACACACUGGCGGGAGUGUGAAUGUUAUCCUCUAGCUACAAAAUAACCGAGAACUUCAAACAAAACACCUGCCAAAGCAAGCUUUUGUUUAAUUUAUUUUGAAAACGAAUCUAGCGCCAAGCAGGUGUUAUAUUGCAAGCAAUUGAAAUUGACUAAGUUUGCAGGAGAGAAGACGGUAACAACCAUCAGAAGACGCCACACACGUCUCUUUCUUUAGUCAAAGAGACUGAAUUGUUUAACGUUGGCUAGUUUACUAUUUUCCGUCCUGCCUUUAUCUGCAACGUUAAGGGAGAUAAACGAGCUAAAUUCGACUAAUUUUCUAAUUAUUAAUCUGCUACGCUUUCAAGACUACUGAAAAUAAAUGGCUAAAGUUCAAGUGUUGAAUGUCGCUGUGCUGGACAACCCAAGUCCUUUUGGGAAUCCGUUUCAGUUCGAGAUUACAUUCGAGUGCAUGGAGGAUUUACCGGAGGACCUGGAGUGGAAGAUCAUCUAUGUGGGCUCAGCAGAGAGUGAGGAGUAUGAUCAGACUCUGGACUCAGUUCUGGUCGGACCGGUACCAGCAGGCAGACACAUGUUCGUGUUCCAGGCGGAUGCCCCCAACACCGGGCUGAUUCCUGAGAGUGAUGCUGUGGGGGUAACCGUGGCGCUCAUCACCUGCACCUACAACGGACAGGAGUUCAUCCGUAUCGGUUACUAUGUCAACAAUGAAUACACCGACCCAGAGCUCAGAGAGAACCCACCGGUCAAACCAGACUACACACAGCUGCAGAGGAACAUCCUGGCCUCUAACCCCCGUGUGACCCGGUUCCAUAUCAACUGGGACGGCUGUUCAGACAAGAUGGAGGACAGUGAGAACGUAGACCCCUCCCCCAACAGCAGCAGUAGCAGCAGCAUGGUGCCCUCCUCCUGUUUAGCUGGCAAGGCGUUACCUGUAGGACUGCUGUCUGGUAACUCGAUGGACUGUCUGUAGAACACAGCCACCCCUCCAGCAUUGCCUUGCCACGUUCUACUCCAGCAGUCGCCAGCAGUCUUUGGCAGGAAGGUUGAGUCACUUAAUAUAAACCAGCUGUAGGGUGUACGGUCUCCCUCCUUCACACAGCAACACCUCCCUCUGUCUCCACUGGCACUGGCACCCUAUUCCCUCCAUAGUGCACUACUUUUUUAAACAGGACCCUCUGCUCCAAUGUAGUGCACUAUCACAGAACAGGGUGCCAUGUCAGACUCCUGAUCCAAACAGUCCUGUUGUGUGUCUUCUUGUUUUAAAACCUAACUUCACACCUGGACUGGUUUCCAUAGCAACACAGCUAAAGCUCAGGCCCUGCUUCAAUACUGUAGAAAUGCGUCCCUGUUUCCUUGAGGUGAGCAGGGAACCUGGAAGUGAUUUGUAUCAGUGGCAACAAGGUGACCACACUAUUACUUCCACCUGUACAACCAAUCCCCGAUCUGGGAUUACUUCCACCUGUCCAACCAAUCCCUGAUCUGGGAUUAAUUCCACCUGUCCAACCAAUCCCUGAUCUGGGAUUAAUUCCACCUGUCCAACCAAUCCCCGAUCUGGGAUUACUUCCACCUGUACAACCAAUCCCCGAUCUGGGAUUAAUUCCACCUGUCCAACCAAUCCCCGAUCUGGGAUUACUUCCACCUGUCCAACCAAUCCCCGGUCUGCGAUUACUUCCACCUGUCCAACCAAUCCCCGGUCUGCGAUUACUUCCACCUGUCCAACCAAUCCCCGGUCUGCGAUUACUUCCACCUGUCCAACCAAUCCCCGGUCUGGGAUUACUUCCACCUGUCCAACCAAUCCCCGGUCUGGGAUUACUUCCACCUGUCCAACCAAUCCCCGAUCUGGGAUUACUUCCAGGAAGGUAGGCCUCUAGAGGGAGACUGAGUUGUCUCUAGGAAAAAGCCUCACCCUACAGGGUGACUCCAGGACUGUUCAUGCCAGGCCUCAAUUCCAUUUCAAUUCAGGAAGUACUCUGUAACUGCACUUCAAAUCAAGGCUUUUCAAUGAAGAAUGUAGAAUUGGAUGUAGAAUUUAAAAGGACUUGAUCCCGAACCUGGUCUGUGUCCAAAAAUGUCAGUCUGUUCCCUACAUAGUGCACUACUUUUGACUAGAGUUGUCCGGGGCCCAUAGGGCUGUUGUCAAAAGUAGGGCACUAUGUAGGGGAUAGGGCACCAUUUGGGAGGGAACAUGUGUUGUUGUAGUUGGGGGAGGGGUUUGUUUAUGUCAGUCAUGUGACUGUUGUUACUUUACUGUAUAUACCUUUGAUUCAUCAGCACUUAAGAGAUGUCAUGUUUUUUUGUAUUUUGUUUUGCAUUGUAAUAUUUGUAACAAUGAAAGUAAUAAUAAUAAUAAUAAACAUUUGUUGUUGUUUUUAAAAGGUGUG